AUGCCGUCGCCGUUCGCCGUCACGUUCCUGGGCACGUCCGCUGGAUCGGGGCCCUCUCAUACCCGCAACACAUCAUCCAUCCUGCUUAACCUCAAUGGAAGCAUGAGUCUUGUAGACUGUGCGGAGGGCACGCAAAGGCAGCUUCUACAAAGCGGACAACGAGUAUGGGGAAAGAUUGACAGGAUCUAUGUUACGCAUAUGCAUCUCGACCAUAUCUCCGGCAUCGCACCCUUUUUAUCGAAUAUGAUGUCCACGCUGGCUAAGCCACCUGGCGUCAACAUCGACUAUACUAAGCCAAGGAUCCAGUUUUUCGCUCCUCCGGGACUGCGGCUCCUGUUACGAACGCAGCUUUCGCUUUCUCAAACGGUCCUGGACGGCAAAUACGCAGUACACGAGCUCCUCCUUCCUUCUGAGCAGCCCUCCGCGCCAUGCGAUUCUGAAUGUCUACAUCCGUCCGAAGCCUGUGGGUUGAAUAUCGUUGCUGAUUCUGACGGUACCUGGCGCAAUAUCGAUGUAUUCGGGGGUGUCAACGUCUCCGCGGCUCGUAUAACACACCGCGUCGCAUCACUAGGUUACUAUUUCUGCGAGCCACCUCAACCACUCCCAAUACCGCAAGAGUAUCUCACCGCCCUUGACGCGAAUGCCGAUGCGCUAGCAGAACAGGGCAUAAAAAAUCCGCGAGCACUCCUUAAACAUAUCACCAAAGAUACACAGGUCAUCAGCUUACCGGACGGAACCACCCUAAGACCGCCGGAACAAGCUGUCGAAGGGAGACGAUUACUGAUACUGGGAGACUGCAGUGAUGCGACCGGCUGUCUGCCGCUCCUCGACCGCGAGAAGGGUGUGGAUCCAUUUAUGGGCGGUGAUCGAACAACAGCAGAAAAGAUGCGUGAAAAGGCUAUUUCGAGAGGACACUCGACGCCCGAUAUGGCGGGCGCAUGCGCGAAGAUGUGCGGUGCUCGAAGAUUAUUCAUGAAUCACUUUGGGUUGAGCCUAACCAUGCUCGAUCCCGUACCUGGGAUGUGGCGCUUUGGCUUGGACAGAUCUUCGGGAUAA